CGAAAAUGCGACCGAACCACCCGUGCCACCGCGACGAACUAAACGUAAGAUCAAAAUCAUGUCGAUCGAAUCUUCGGUGGCAAGCAGUGGUGCAACGGAAACCAUGAAAGACAUCGUGAUACCUCAGCAAAAACGUCCGCCACCGCCGCUGCCACCACCACUACCAUCAGCACCCCUCCCGGAAAAAUGUCAACGAAACAAAUCUCGAUCUACCAGAAUCCAGCCGCCGCAAUGUGACAUCGCGACGAGAUGUUCAAUAACCAAAAACGAACAUCAGCGCGAAAGUCGCAUCAUCGAUAUCGCGACGAGAAUAAUGGCAACGAAAUUUGACGACGAUAUAACAUUGAUGAGAGAUCAUCAUUCGACGAUGAGUGCGAACGAUGAUCCAGUUUCGAAAUCAAGCACGUCGAAAUCAUCGUUUCGAUCUUCCCACAAAGUCGCAUCUAAGCAAAAAGGCGACAAAUAUCCAUCGCUCUUUUUCACGUUGAAGGAUUUUGAAAACGUAGUGUCCGACGCGUGGGACAGAGACUAUUCCGCAAUCACGCCUGAUCCCGAGAACUCGCAAAAUUUACACGAAAAAGAAUCAUCGAAGGUGCAUAUAUUGGAUGAUGAUGAUGGUGACGUCUGUUUUCGCGUGACAACGACAAAUCUUCCGUUUGAGAAGUGUCUGGGCGGAUGGAAGGAUCCUUUCGAGCACGGUGUGUCCGUUCGGAAUUUCGAUGAUCACCAAUUCGAAGAUGACAAUUCGAACGAGAAUGAUGAAAAAAAUGACGAAAACUUGUUUGAAUGUGACAUUUUCGAUAAUAAUGACGAUUCAAAGUGUCGUGUAGACACGAAAGUACGAUUCAUGAUCGAAUCGCCGAGUUCUUCUGGAUCCAAAAUUCGCGAUUCUGAUGUAAAAAUCGGUGUGCCGCGUGACAGUUUACGGAGCUGCGAAUCUAUUCUCAACGAUGAACAAAGCGCUGCUUCUUCCGUGAAACUGACUGAAAUCCGAGAUGAAUUCGUGAAUGUAAAAGGUUGCCGCGACAAAACGCGAGAUAAAUCAUAUUCGUCGAGUGUCGAGAAAGGAAAUUCCACGACGGGAGAAGACGACCCUUUUGUGCUGGCCGACGCAAACAAGGUAGACACGAAAUUAAAGGCGAUUUCACAGACGCAUUGUGACGAUAGAAAUAACGACGUUAAUCGCGAGAGAAUUCGUGAAGGGGAUUUUGAUUUAAUAUCGCCAAGCGUGCAGGCUAGCGAUGAGAUACUCGAAACCGGAAAGGAAAAUACAAUAACAACGAUAACGAGGAAAGCUAUUCCAAAUGAAAGAUACGAUGCAAAGCAAGUGGAUCAAAGUAAUACUUCUCCAGAAGUCGCGAAGAACAUUCGCCGUUUUACAGAUAAAAGCUCAGAAACGGCUUGCAAAGUUGAAAAAACGGCGAAAAUAACUCAAAGCACACAUCGAGAAAAAGAAAUAUUUUUGAAAAAAACUAGCGGUGACAUCAAAGAGAAGAGUAUUGCCAAGAACGAAAAAAUCCUCAUCGAUGAGUCAGCCAAAAAUUUUUUAAAUAAACACGACGAUAAAUCUAGCAAAAGCACUAUCACUGACAAUCUCACAAACAAAUUGAUCAAAAACUCAGAAAAAACUCAACGAUUACAUGAAGAGAAUACGGAGACAAGUAAUUCUUUCGUGGAUUCCAAGAAUAAUCGCGAGAAAACUUCGCCAUCGGAAGACGUUUUUGCGAAAAAUAUUCCUGUGAAAAUAAGACGAAAUUCUUUUUUGGAAACGAUGCUCUCCGAUGAUUCGACAGAUAUUUCGAUGAAUUGCGCGAUAACACCUGUGACUUCUACAAAUACAGAUAAGGAAUUAAGUGCUUCAAAGUCACCAAAUAAAAUUCAAGAAUUAAAUACAAACAUCGCAAUAGAAAGUGAACGUACGCGUGAUUUCCAUGAUACAAAAAUUGAUAUAAAGGAUCAAACAGUUUUAAAAAGCUCCAAAGAAGUGAUAAGAGGUAGAGAAAGUAUUGUCAAGGUUUCAAAUAUUGAUAUAAAAUCAACGCAACCAGAGAACAAAAGUGCCAGUGAUGUAAAGAAUGACGUAUUGAAUGAACUUCUUUGCAAUUUUAACAACAUAAAGUUAAAAAUAGUGAGUCCCGAGAAUAAGAAACCAGUAGCAGAGAUAGACGAUGACAAAAAUAUUACUCGCUCGGUUACGAUCAAUAAUAAAAUUUCUAAAAAAAGAGAAACUGCAUCUAAAUCGUUUGAAAAAUCUCAAAAUGAAAUUUGCAGUAUUCCUGCAAAUGUCAAGAUCACUAACGUGGAUAAUAAUACAAUAAUCAUUGAUAAGAUUACAAAGGAAGAAAACUUCACAAAAAUGAAGAUUAAGGAGACGCCACAAAAUCUCAAGGAAGAUACUCGUGAUCCAAAAACUAUCACAAAGAAUAAAAAUAUUGAAACUAAGAAGCCCAAUGAAUUACCCUGCGAUAUCGAAAAUAAAAUCACGAAAGAUGACUCAAAAAUGAAGAUCGACAAAAAUUCUUCGAGUAUCAAAUCAGAAGAGAUUCGCGUAAACACAAAAAUCGAGAAAACGUUUGAAAGCAUAGAAAGUGCGAUCGAGGUCAAUCGAGAACCUAAAAAAUCGCGAAAUGUUCUCAAGACGAUACUUAAGAAAAAAAAUGUUGACUGCGAGCGACAGCAGGCGAACGAAUUCCAAAAGAGAAUUCCCAUCGGGGCACCCGCGACGAUGAACAAGAUUUUCGAUAGUAGAGAAUUCAAUAUGAUCACGGACGUGUCAUGCAGGAACAGCCUGGAAAACAGGAAGAAACGCGAAACAGCUUCGAUGGAGAUUCAUACUCGCGGCGAAGAAAAGACUGACAAAGUAAUCGCGAAUGAUGAAGCCGACGAUGAUCGAAGGAGAAUCGCAAAUCGGUCGGCAUUAGCAUUAGUAGAGGAUACGAUGGGUAGCGGCGAUAAGUGUGCCAUAGCUAGGAAAAUUACUUCUGUAAACCCUUGUAAUAAUGACAAUAACAGGGCCGUAACACCCGUAGCUAAUGUAAGUACCGACCAAUCGUUCCGCGACGUUGUAACGAUAACCCCGGGUAAAGUUAAGAGUUUCGUUAAGUAUUACGAGAUUCGGGGCGACGCGACGACCGUCGAGAGACAUUCUAAAAUUAACGAUAGGGAGAAAGUAGUUAGGCAUAAGUUUACGAAGAGCCAAGCAGUGCCCGUUGCCGCGAGAAAUUCGCAACGGCCGGAAGUAAUAACGGAGGGAAAGGAAAUGAAAGAUGAAGAGAAUAUGAAAUCAAACGAUGAUAACUUUCCCAAAAUGUCGUUCAAUAAAACUCAACCUUCGACGUUCGCCCCGAGGGUCUCAAAAAAUUCUCCCGACGAUCCAAUCAAGACGACGGAAAUGGGAUUGAAGGUGACGAAGCGAUAUGAAAAGAACGACUCGCACACGUCCGAUGUGGAAGUGUGUGCGAUGUUAGCAAAGACCGGCGCGAAAAAGUCGGUGCAGUUUCUGGGCGGCUUCACUGUGAUUCACUCAGAAACUUUCGGCGAGAAUGAAUCGAUAAGGACUGUUGUGGACCCCGACGUGAACAUGGUGAAAAAGAGGAGAGCUCCCGAAGCACCGCCACCGCGGGAUUCCAGUAGUUACCAGAAGCUUGUUCGCAAAAUCGCGAAAUCAGAGGAACCACCAGAUAGAAAAGAUUCCCUCCGGGGGCAAGAGGAGGCCGUUGCUCAGAUACAUGCAGGAGCCGAUCACGUGCAGGAUUCAGGUAUUAAUCGCUUCAGUCUAAAACCAGAAACCCCACAGCUCGUAUUUUACUGUACUAUAUAACACAUGUAGCCUUUACGAGUCGUCGUUGCUCCGAGUCUCAAAGAAAUUGUAUCGCGAACCCCUGCGUAAGCAUUUUGAUUUUCGCUACCAACAGAAGAAUAGAUUUUAUGACGCUAUUUACAACGCUUGCUAAGGAGUAAUUUUCGCUUAUAAACGUACAACGCGUGUUAUAAGCGUGGCUUACAUAAAUUCAAACAUUAUCUCAAAGAUAUAAUCCGACUUUUUAUGCAAAUGUGCUAUUUUUUUUUCUUUAUUUUUUUAUACAUUGCCAUAAGAUUAAAUGUAAUUUAAUAUUUGCAUCAUUCGUUCGUCAUAUAACAUCUUUAAGCUUUAAAGAGAAAUUUUAGCCUUAGAUUUAUCCGUUGAAACUAUUCGUUUACUUAAACAUUAUGUGUUAUGCGAUAAGCGAGAUAUGUCACGCGCAUAAAUCCGAAUCCAAUAAGUCGGUCACGACGGCGCAUCCCGAUAAAAGCGACGAGUGGCUUUGCAAUGACCAAAUUUUCCACGUGUUCCGAAAGGAUUCGAGGAUCGCGGUGAAUCGCUUGGCAAACAGACCGUUCGCUACUCUAGUUUGAGUGCUUUAACUGCAACGCGGUCUGAAUAUUUUCAACCGUGAAACGAAUUCUGUCGAUUUAUAGGAAGACACAAUGGUUUCUUUUCUACCGGCCAAUUGUUCGGUUUGUGACUCGUAAAAUACUCCAGUUUCUUCGAUAUUGCACAUUGAAUAUCCUUUUUUCUCUUCAGUUUCGUAAACUAUUGUGGAAUUAUUUUUAGUACCGUAAGAUAGGGUAACAUUGGUCCAAAA